AGAAGAGUUUGCAGAUACAGAAUAUAGACUCAGCACGCAUUUACCGUGUAGGGUUAAAGUGAAGAAUGUCAAUGUGACUAAGUUUGAUCUUAAUUUAAUCUCCUUCUAUAAUUUCUUAUAUGGUUAAAAGUGGGCAGUAAGUUAUUCUGCGUGAGCCUCAGUGUUUUAAACUGAAACUAGAGAGCUACUGAAAAAAACAAUAUCCAAUUUUGCAACUUCAUUGUUUACUUUCCCGCUAUAACCACCAAAACUCCCCCAAGACCUACAGUAUUCAUUUGUUAGUGCAGACAGAGCAAGUCUAGAUUGUUAGGAUAAACUUUAGAUGGUGCAAUUUGUACAGACAAUUGCACUGUUAUGAGUUUUGAGCAAGCUCUUGAGCUCAGUGAAAAUCCUUUCCAUUGUGAAUAAAAAGUCAGCCAUGCUGAUUAUUUGCAAACAGUAUAAACCACAUUUAAAAUGUAGAGUGAUGAGAUGAAGCAUCGUGGAAGAAUCGUGGCAGAGAGGUAGAAGAUUGUUGAUCAUUAACUACAACAUGAAUCUACGGCACCAUUACAGGCUUUCAGUGCCACCGGGCUUUGAGUCUCUGGCUGCCAACUGAUACAAAAGUGUGUAUAAACGUAAUAGUUGGUGUUUGUUUGGUUGCAGGUGUGUCCAGGGAGCUGGUGACUGGCACUGUGGUGGCAACUGAAGCGCUCAGGACUGCACGUUAAUUGGCUGCGAACAAGACAAACAUGGAGGGCAGACAGCACUUCCGCCACACCACCAUCUGUUCAUCAGACUCUAUAGAGGAAAGUGUCACAGCAGAGCACAUGGGCAGGGUGUGCAGGAAAUAAGUCACGGAAGACAACCUACAACUACAUCUAAAAUAGGAAGAGAUCACUGAGCCUGUCGCUGUGCAAGGUUAGUCUUGUACUUCCUCCUUUGUACCUAUUAACACAUUACCGAAACGUUGCACUAUUGAGAUAACUGAUCACUUCUUUUGUAUUGAAGAUGCAAGAUACUCUGCUGCGUGUAUUUGUGGUGGCUCUGAGUCUCCUAACAUAUCCGAGGGAUGACUCCGGGGUUAAGGAAUGGGAUGAUAUCACCACAGUAGGCGUGCAAAAGUCUGAAGAGAGUCUGCUGAGAGGAGAGAAACUGAACCACGAAAUGGCACCUGUCAGUGAGGAAAUGACUCAAGUCCAUACUGACAAGGGAGGGUUUGUAGAUGAUGUAAAAAACCAUCCCAUGGAACAAAAUCAGUCUGAUCCACUUGUUACUGAAAAGGAUAAAAUGCCAGUCAUAGAAGAUGUGACUGUCACCAAACACGAUUCAGAGGAAGGAAGUGCUGAUCACAAAUUACCAGAAGGAGAAAAUGUUAUAACAAAUUUGGAGUCAAGUACACCACAAAACUCCAAAAGUGAACCUGAGAAGGCCCCUGAAAAGCAAAAGGGAGAAGACAUCCAGACUGAUGGCCCUUUUAAAUACCCAAGAAGUCCACAAGGACAACAAGAAAAUCCUGAGGAGAAGGAAGGGCCCAGUUCCAAAAAACAAGAAUCAUCUCAGUCGCACCUUCAAACCAAGACAUCAGAAAAUGAAACUUCAGGGAAGGCCAUUGUUGACUGGGAGAAGGAUUACCUUUGGUAUAUAUGGAACGCGUUCUCUAUCAUUUCCAUGAUCCGCUGGUUGAGGAAAUACCUGGGGAGACAUUCCCAAAUUGAACAAGAAGAUAUUAGGGCCUUCCCAGUGACCUGCACUGCAGACAAAGUGCCUUUACCGGACAGCGACACUCUGCAGCAAUUUCAUUCGAAAUAUAUCAAAGUCACGUCCGAUAAGAAGUGGAGAGAUUUUUUGGAGGGGUUUGCAAAUGAUCUACUGGCUGCCAUGAGGACUGUCUGUGAUAGUAAUGGCGGGAUGGUGAUUGAGGACUUUCAGAUGGUGGAUAUGUAUAAUAUCAUCGUCCCCUUUACCCCACCUGAUCCGUAUAGUUUUCAGUAUCUGCUGUGGAACAAUCAGGCGAGUGACCUGCUGCCAGAUAUGCAAGUCUGUGGUCAAGUAAAACUGGUGGAAAAUAAGAAAAUCCAAAAUAGCUGCCCUUGUCAGUCUCCUGAUGCAGAUGAUAUGGUUUGCCUGCUGCAUUGUGACACUGAGAAAGUGAAGACAAAAAUGACUGAUGUUUGUGAUGGCAUUCUUUGCAUGAAGAACUCCCCAUUCCUGUCACAAUCACAGGUUACCAGAUGGUUUCAGAGCACUAUCAAACAAGCAUGGGCACAGAUUUCACACAAGUAUGAGUUUGAGCUGAACAUUUGCUACAUUUAUGCUCCAGGUGCUCUAUUAAUUCGAUUCAAAUCAGGGAAGAAGAUUAGCUUCAGUAUGAAUCCUGUGGUUAAAUUAAACACCGAUGCUCAUUUCUUUGUUACUCCUUGCUUUCCAGACAACUUUGAUACUUUCUGGAGUCUCUCCCUUACCAACUAUGAAGAUCAACUCUUAGGCCACAUUGCUAAACGCCUGCCUGAAAACUCAUGCCACAGUCAAACGCUUGAAAUUGCACUUUUCCUACACAAGAGACAGACUGCACUAUCAGGAAGUAGUGCACUCAAGGAUUUUCAUUUUAAAACUGCACUAAUGCAUCUGCUUUUGACCAAAGACCCUUCAGAGUGGAAACCCAAAUAUGUGGCUUGUAGGUUACAAGAUUUGCUGGUCUUCAUGGAGAAGAGCCUUGAGACAAGGCUGCUGAACCACAUUCUUAUUGGGAACCCUUUAAUGCAGAAGCUCAUUGAACUCCCUGCUGAGUUUACUCAAGCAAAGACUGUGAAUCUCUUCCAUCCCCUUGUGGUACACAACUGCAUCUACAGAAAUGCUGCACUGCAUUUCCAGGAAGUGCUUAGAAACGCACACAUGCUGAUACAUGAUUAUGUUGAUCAGUGUAAUUCUGUAUCACUCAUACAAAUUCAGUUUUGAAAACUUGAGGUACAAAUUUAUAUUACAGCAAUAAAUGAGUCAUGUUUAUUCAAGCUGGAAGAGUACAAAAAAA